UUUUUAGUCUAUUCAAGACGACAGCAUUUCCCACUCUUUUCGCUGAUCACCCUCUGGUUGAACAGGAGACAACAUUUUGCAUAGCAGUGUACAUUAAUGGAAUGCAACUGUUCAAGAGAGGUUGAGACUUUCUGAGAUUAUCAGCGAAGUCAUAUUGCCGUUUACCGUGAGAGGGCUUUAGCGAGGUAACAGCUUCCAGAGAGAAGACAUAAGCUAGGUUGCAGUUUCCUGAGAGAGGACCGUGAAGAGCGAGGUUGCAGCUUCCUGAAAGAAGACACCAGCGAAGUGUCAGCUUCCUGAGAGAGGACACCAGCAAAGUGACAGCAUCCUGUGGGAGAGCAUCAGCGAGUUUGCAGCCUCGAGAGGGAGUGCAUCAUAUAGAGGUUGCAGAUAUCGUGGCGAACUUGUUGCUCCCUGAAGGGUAUUAUUUAGUAACAUUGGCAAUACGUGUGACGCCAAUCUUUAUAAAUAGCUCGCUAUCUGGCAACACAGCGAGGAUCAGAAGAAAAUACAAGCACAAAUACAAAAGAAAUGUCAUCUGCUGCUAACACUGACGAAGGCGAACACGUUAAAAAGGCAAAUAAAGAGGUGUCGCCUUCGUUCCAAGCAGCAAAAGGCAUUUUGCUAACCGUCAUGUCAGCCAUCGCUUCUUCUUUUGGUGGGGAGUUCACAGCAUUAAUAGACAAGGAAGGCCUUCCGAAUUUCCAAACGCUUUUCUUACGGCGAGCGAUCGAGCUUCUCACACUUCUUCCUAUCUUAGCAAUCUGUCGGCCGAGAUUAACGGGUGAAAAUAGACGCCAGAAUAUCAUGUUGUUUCUAUUUGCGAUUUUUACAAACUGUGUUAAUUUUUUCAACUUUUUCUCCUUUAUCUACACAGUUCCUGGAAUCGCGUUUGGUUUCAUUCAAGGUUUGAAGCCCUUCUUUGUAGCCUGUAUCGGUUUUGUGUUCUUGAGGGAAUAUCUGUUUCUAGGGGACAUUUUUGGGCUUCUCACUAGCGUAACAGGGGUUGCUCUAGUGGCGGUGGGGAACACACAGGUAGAUGGAAUGUCCACCAAACUACUCGUCUUGUCAAUCGUAAUUCCCUUAACUGCGUCGUUUGCCUUAGCACCUGAUGUGGUCUUUAUGCGGUACCUGACAGGUACAUUAGAGGUGGCGAUAGUCACAAUUUUGCUGUAUAUGAAUUUGGUAGGUUCAGUGAUAUUACUAGGAAUAACAUAUGCAUUAGAGACUCCAGUGUGGACAAUGUCAUUGCGUACAGCGUUAUACGUGGUAGGACUGGGGUUGAGCAGGAGUCUGAGCAACAUAUGCUUCCUUGCAGGCCUGAAAAAUAUAAAGGCGUACAUCACAACUACAGUACAUAUGUAUGCCAUCCCAGUCACUCUGAUGCUGGAUUACUUCUUUCUGCAGAAAGUGCCAAAUUGUUUCCAUUUGGCAGGCGUUGCCUUGGUGAUGAUGGGUAUAAUGUUCGUUAGCGCGUACACAUGGUGGAGGGAACGUCAGAAGGAACUGAGAGAUGAAUUUCUUCAAACACUCCAGUUUAAUCCUGAUGAAAGACAUAAAGGACCUUAGGUAUAUAUAGAAUAAGAAGGAAUUGAGUUCCAAGGUUUGUUCUCCUUUAAAUAGCGUAAGAAACAUCUUUGGGAGGAUCUGAAAGGACACUUCUCGAAACGUUUCGGUUUAAAGAGAGACAAAGGCAUAUUAAAACAAAGCCAAAAGGGUGGCUUUUUGCUUAGGAAAACUUAUAGUUUUAGGAACAAUUAUCUUUACGAUCUUAACCUCGCUAUACUUCCAGAUUAGGAUCACUUUUGAAAAGUAAUCUGUUCUGUGGUCUUGAAUUACAUUGUACAUAUCUUUUAUAUUUGAAAGAGCUGAGAUAUUAAGGAGACAAAUAAUGUAAAUAAUUGAUACUUGCAAAAAACAUGGUACAAGCCUUUCCUCAUGUUAACAGAAAUUUUAUGCCAACCAGAAAAGCCCCAACUUGACAUGUCAGACAUUUUUUAUUUGUAUCACAUUGUAUAAAGAAGCUAGUGUGCAAAUUUUGCUUGAGUUGAAUUGAUAAAUAAAAUUGCAUCAUGAAAAUGGUGUUUUCAUACGGUUGAAUGGUACGUUGGUUUUAAUGCUAGCUAAUCGAUAACAACAUUUAAUCGUGAACACAUUGCACAAAACAUAACACAAAGUAACAGACAAAUAAGCACAUAAACAUGACGACAAAAGCAAAAUCAACGAUAAAAGUGCCGCUGUAAUACGUUUAAAAGUCGCUAGAAUGCCAAAUUUCGAACUUCAACUUCUUUUUCCCACCCGACGCUAUCUAAAAGAAUUAUAGGAAUAAAUCAACAGCAUCAAAAGUUACCCGUCUAGUCACUUCCUAACAUCAAAAUGAGCAUAGAAGCUAAAAAGGUAGCUAUUUUGCUUCAAACCACAUCAUUUAACUAGCUAUGUCCUACUCAAAAAAUCAAGACAAUGGCAUGUCCACAUCACGAGGUAUUUUUUAAAUCAUAUAUUUCGAAUAUUUACAUACAAAACGUACAUAUAUACGUACAAAUACAUGGUGUGCUGUGGCUUACCCCUGUUGGUGAAUAUCUUUUAAUAUAAAUGUCUCAUUGCGUGCAGUGUGUUGAAAAAUAUAAUACUUAUAUUUUUUUAGCGGUCAACAUGGCUUUGUUCAAAAAAGAGUUUGACAUGUGUCCAUAUAGAAUAUUUUUGUCGUCUAAACAUAUUUGAGAUUGUGUUAAUUUAGCAUUCCACCAAGUGGUAAACUCUUUCCAAAAAGAUUUAACAGUUUUACAAUGCACAAAUGUGAUUGUUUGCUUCUCUGGACAAAAGGGACAGAGGUCAGACUCUUUUACAUUUAUUUUCUUUAAGUAGCUGUUUGUUGGUAGAAAACCGUGAAUAAUAUUGUAUUGAAAAUAUUGUAGGUUUGUGUUGUUUGUACAUUUGUUGGGCAUUGUAUAUACCUUUUUAA